AUGUUUCCAAAACGACAAACGCCGUUAAAGUCGUCCGAUGCGAUCAUCCGAGCACAGCCUUCACCAUCAUCGUCCAAUCAUGUAAAUUCUCCAAAUCAUGUAAAUUCUGCAAGUCCUAAUAAUCAUUUCAAUCAUCAUAAAUCAUCAUCAUUGGAUGAAGAAAUUGAAUACUUUUCUCCUAAUUUAAAUGGAUCAUCAUCAACAAUUAAUUUAGCUCCGAGUCCCAUUAAGAAUGAUUAUCGGAAGGAUCCACAAUUAUCUAGAACCACAAAAGAUGGUGUGAGAUCUCCUUCUCUAUUUACCAAAUAUCCUUCCAUGGAUGCUGUGUUAGGGAAUGAAGAGACGUCGACUCAAACUAUUCAUCCAAAUAACAACAACAACUCAAAAACGGAAUCGGAAAUUUAUGAAAAAUUAUUUGAGGAUGAUUCUGAAAAUAUUUCAACGCCUAUCAAGAGUGGCAAUCAAUAUACCACUAACAAACUACAAACAAGUCACUCAUUAGAUGUCAUGAUCACACAAGAAACAACAACAACACCAAAAACGCCCCUAACGAAUAGUUUCACUAACAAUGUACAGUCUUCCCAAUCUUCUUCAUCCGUAUUUCCAAAAUCUACCAAUAAUUCAUCAUCUCCCUUUCCAAAAGUCAACGCAUCCAAUCGAAGACGAACAGAAACAACAAUGGAACAUUUUUCUACGCCUAAUGCUGAAAAAUUACAUCUUCAACAAUCUUCAUCGUCACCAUCCAUGUUGAUGCAAACGAGUCACACCAACAAUGAUACCAUGGAUGUCUCAGAUUUUGAACAAUUCAAUGCAGAUAACAUGUUAAAGCCUCUCAAAGCAUCAACGACAAAACAAUUGCAACAACUUCAGAAUAGUGGAGAAACCGUUUUAAACGAUACAACAAUGAUUACACGACAAGAGUCCAAACAUCAAGCUUUAUUUCAUCAUUAUCUUGAAGAAAAAGGAGAUAUGCGGAGUGCCAUGCUGUUACUGAAUCAAUUUCAUGUGAAACAACAUCGAAUGAAUAUUUUGAAUUUCAAACUCAAUUCCAUCAAUCUAGUUGCAAAUUUUGCCAAUGCUGUCAAAUCUCACAAACUACAACUGGAAUUACACAAGAGUAAGAAAACAGUGAAUGCACUAAAUUCAAAAGUGGAAGAAUUGAAUGAAACUGUUACUGAUUUAAAUGAGGAAGUGGAACAACACAAAUCCUCACUCUCGUCCUUCAUACAAAAAUACUACAAAACUGUCGAAGAGUUGCAACAACAUCAAUUAAUACAGAAAACGCAACUCGAAAAUAUUAUGAAAUUGAAGACACGAGAAGAUAUUACAGUGGAUUUGCUAAUUUUAAUUGCGUCGUCGUAUAUUGUACGGAAAAAUCGAACCUUACAUCGAUUAUUGAAAUUUGUUUUCAUGUUUUUACCAUUCAAUGGAUUGGUGAUUUUGAUUGUUAAAAUUCUGACAACGAUCGGAUUAAUGCUCAUCUCGAGACGUGUGGCCAUACGAUUGGGCAUUCAUGCUGGAGCUACCAGCAUCGCCUAUGGAGCCAUCAAGAGCGUUCAAUUUUCCUUACAUGUUUUAAAAACAUUGUGGAGUCUUUUCAACAGUGGUCAUCGUGAUGGUAACUCAUUGAAGAAGGAGUGA